AUGUACCAGAAUGUUCGUGGGCUCCGGACUAAGUUACAUGAUGUAAUAUCUAAUUUUCCUAUACUUAAUUAUGACAUAUUUAUACUAACUGAGACUUGGCUCUCCUCGGAUAUUGUGGAUGCAGAAUUAGGUCUUACUGGAUUUAUAGUAUUCAGAGCUGAUAGAAAUGUAUAUACCAGAGGAGUAUAUAUACCACCGUCAGCCCCGAUCGAGUUAUACACGGCACAUGCUGAAACUGUUGAUGAAUUGUGGCAGUCUUCUGGGUGUAAUAUGGGAAUUAUAUGUGGUGACUUCAAUUUACCAAAUGUUAAUUGGCAUAAUAGUACUUCGGGAUUGUCAUUAUCGGGUACCGUUAAUGAUAAUGUCAAGGCAAUAGACCUUGUUUUCACAUCUGAAAUAGACAUAGUUGUUGACACAUCACCAGACUCAUUAGUUACGCCAGAUAAGUAUCAUCCACCAUUAAGCAUUACAUAUUCCAUGCCCGAUGUGCCACCUCAAUUGGAUGAUCAACACUCAUUUCGUAAUUUCAAUUGUGCCGAUUAUAACUCGAUUACUAAUAAUAUGAGCUCCAUUAAUUGGGAAAGUGAGUUUAACAAUAUUGGAAUUGAAGCUGCAGCUAAUCGUCUACAAACAAUUUUAAUAACGUUAAUUGAGCAAUAUGUACCACUCCAUAUAUUUCGUCGCUCAACUUUCCCCAAAUGGGUAACACUCAAAUUGAAACGUUUAAUCAUUAGCAAAAAAAUUGCACACAAAAAAUUGAAACAGUUCGGCACAAUGCACUAUCGUCAUAGAUUUUCUUUAUUACGUGCUCAAGUAAAACUUGAGUCAAGGCUGGCAUAUGAGUCCUAUCUAGGUAAGAUUAAUACUUCCCUCCAGAAUGACCCACAUACAUUUUGGUCGUUUAUCAAUAAUCGCCGAAAUACAUCAGUUAUCCCUAAUGUGAUGCAUUAUGGUGACAUUAUUGCAUCAGAUAUAGAUAUUGCAAAUCUAUUUGCACUUCUUUUCAAUUCCGUUUACAAAUCACCGUUACCCCCUCCAAACUGGAAUACUGAAAAUAUUGGCAUUAAACCAUUUACAUUUUUGCCUUCUAGACUUAGUAUUGAACUUAAUGAGGUCGAAGAAAAUUUACUAUCCUUGAGAACAACUAAGAGUCGUGGGCCUGAUGGUAUAUCAGCCCAAUUUUUAUUUAAUAUUAGGGCACAGUUAAAAUAUCCUCUAUUGUACUUAUUUAACCUCUCAUUAGCCGAAGGUAUAUUUCCAUCAAUAUGGAAAACGAGCCAGGUAACACCUAUCUAUAAAUCAGGAGACCCAGGGUCAGUAUCUAAUUAUCGUCCAAUUUCUGGUUUACCUCUAAUUGGUAAAUUAUUUGAAAAAAUUGUCCAUAAAUGUAUUGAACGUAAAUUUAAACUAGUCUUAUCAACAAAUCAACAUGGGUUUUAUGGCGGUCGUUCCACAACAACUAGUGCCCUAGAAUUCUCAGCGUUUAUCAGGGAUAGCUUCAAAAAUAUGAGUCAAGUUGAUGUGAUAUUUACCGAUAUCUCUAAAGCUUUCGACUCCAUAAACCAUAUAGUGUUAAUUGAUAUUCUAGAUAAAUUGGGUGUAGGUGAACCUCUGCUCUCCUGGUUCAAAUCCUAUAUAACCGGUCGACGACAGUUUGUAUCCUUAUUUAAUCAAAAAUCCGCGGAAUAUUUAGUCACUUCCGGAGUCCCACAAGGUGGGCACUUGUCUCCACUUCUAUUUAAUAUUCUAAUAAAUACUUUAUGCGAAUCUGUUGACAUCAAUAUGUUAUUAUUUGCGGAUGAUGUAAAAUUAUUUAAUUGCGUUCAAUCUGUGAGUGAUGCUAUUUCGUUACAAGAAUCGUUGAAUAAGUUAGUCAAUUGGUGUAAUACAGUUGGGUUAGAGCUGGCAAUCCACAAAUGUAAAGUUAUGUCUUUUUCGAGACGUCACUCAAUUAUUCAUUAUGAUUACUCUAUUGAUAAUGUGAUAUUACAGCGAAUAAACCAAGUUGAAGAUUUAGGUUUUAUUUUCACUCCAACGUUAUCGUUUGCACCUCAUAUUGACUGGAUAGUAGGCAAAGCAUUGAGAUCAUUAGGGUUUAUAAGGCGACAUGCAGGGUCGGUCAUGUCUGUAAGAUGUUUGUUGAUAUUAUAUACUUCUCUUGUUAGAUCGAUUGUAGAGUAUGGAUCUGUAGUAUGGUCUCCAAGGACCAAAUGUGACAUUGUUCGACUUGAACGUGUUCAGCAUCGUUUCUUAAAUAUGGUUUCUCGAUCUAUGGGCAUUAAUCAUGAACCCCACGACUAUAAACCCGUCUUAACAGCACUCAAUUUAUCCACCCUAAGCGAAAGAAGAAAUAUGAGUGACAUUAAACUUUUGAAUGGCUUAGUCUCUGGUGUAAUUGACUCCCCAGACUUGUUAUCUAGAAUAGGUUUUCGCAUCCCAGGUACAACCCGUUCUCGUGACCCCUACUACCUUGCUGCAGUAUCCAAAAAUUAUUUGGAUGAUGAUCCUCUAAGGAGAGCUAUGUCUCUAGUUAAUAAUCAUACUAGUUAA